AUGGCUGCAUCUGGCAUAGUAUGUGGAGACAUACUAUGCCUCAAAUACCAACAUUCUGGUGAAGAUUCUCCACAAGUUACAAACUCAGUAAUACUGCUUGCAGAAACCGAACCUCCACCUUCUAGUAAUCAGGAAAGUACUGUUGAAGAACCUUCCCCUGUUCUCGAGGAGCAUCGAGCAAAAGUAAGAAGAGCAAAAUCAUCUCGGUCACAACACAGGCGUCCAAGAGGUGCACGGUCAUCACAUAAAAGACGGCGACCCAUGACAGCCGUUGAGGAAGAAGGUCCAUUUUCUGACAGAGCUGUCUGCACAGUUUUCUACAGGAAAUUAUAUCUUAUGUCUACACUUCAGCUGGGCUUGACCCUUGGUAUAAUUUGCACGUUCGUCUACUGGAAAUACCUUAAAAUAUGGGUACGAAGACGCCCAUGGUUUUGCUAUACCAUGUUACCAUUAAUCAUGUUGCUGGCUAUUACAAUAGCCUGCUGUGAUCAAGCCCGCAGGCGAUUUCCACUGGACGUCAUUAUGUUGUUAAUAUUUACAAUUUGUGAGGGUAUGUUGCUUGGAUCAAUUGCAGCUUUCUUUGAUGCUGAUGCAGUUAUGUGGUCAGUUGGUGCCACUGCGUCGGUGACAUUUGGACUUGCCGCUUUUACUCUUCAGAAAAAAUGUGACCUUACAAUCACAUCAGGAAUACUGCUAAUUUUGUAUUUAGUCUUGCUUAUUUAUGGAUGUUUUUGUGCUAUCCUGCAAUCAAUGUGGUUACGAAUAGUACAUGCUGCUGUUGGAACACUAAUUUUUAGCAUAUAUCUGUUGGUGGACACACAACUAAUGCUCGGAAAGAGGGACCAGUAUCGUCUGAAUCCUAAUGAGUAUAUUUUUGCAGUACUGAACAUCUACAUUGACAUCUUUUCUUUCUUUUUAUUUUUAUUGCAAUUUGUUGGUUGGAGGAAGUGAGA